AUGGCAUCACUCCGUUCCCGUACAUCGCCAUGGCGACAGACGUUCGAUCGUCUCACCGCCACGGCCGCACCUGUCCGACCGGCUACCCGCUCGUUCGCACCUCGAUCCCGGACCAUGUCGACCUUUCCCUCAUCAUCAUCCGGCUCGUCCUCGUCUGGUUCCAGCUCAGGGUCAAGAUCGGGCUUCCGUUUGACGCCUACGACAGCGGUCCUGUGCUGUGUUCCGAUCUUGACGGCUUACCUGGGGGUCUGGCAGGUUCAGCGACUCAAGUGGAAGUUGGGCUUGAUCGCCGAUGUCGACAGGAAUUUGAGCAAGGAUCCGAUGGUCUUGCCCAACGAGAUCAAUCCUGAAGCCUUGUCGGAUUAUGCGUUCCGAAGAGUCAUCCUACACGGCCACUUUGCACAACCGAUCAUGCUCGUCGGACCUCGAGUGUACGAAGGUGCAGGCGGAUACCAUCUCAUCCAGCCCUUCAUCCGUACCCCGGUCGAUAGCAAUACCUCGGGGUCCGCUCCUACCUUGAAGAACAAGAAGAAGAAGGAGUCGUCAUUUAGCUUUUGGAGAAAAGAUGACGAGGCAGAAGAAGCCGCAGCGCUCCUAUCCGAAUCAAACAGACUCGACGCAAGGUCCACAGACGGUUCAGUGGAUGACGGAUCCAUGACCCCGAUCCUCGUCAACAGGGGCUUCAUCUCUACCGCCCGCGCACAGGAAUACCGUCUCAACCCGUCCCUCGUCCCCCUCUUCUCCCCCUCGGUCCAAACCUCUUCAGAGACGGUACCCACCAUCUCCAACGAGACCAAGAGCCUUUACAUCCAAACCCUCUUGCGUCCGCCUUCGGAGAUCAAGGCUGGGGCUAAACCGGCUUUCACACCAGACAACAACAAGGAGAACAACGAGUGGUUUUACAUCGAUCUGGAAGCGAUGAAAGAGUGGGUAGAGGGCAAGGGGGUGAACAAGGUCCAGGGGGUCUUGGUCGACGAGAUUUACGAGGGAGAAACUCCGGCUUCCCAGUUGAUUCAACAGGGAAUUCCCGUCGGUCGACCGUUGGCUGUGGAAUUGCGGAACCAACACGCGAUGUACGCCGGGACUUGGUUCUCACUGUCCUUCUUUACGUCCAUCAUGCUAGCCAGGUUGUUUUGGACCAAGGGCAAGGUCAAGGGACAAGGGGUGGGGAGACCGGCGGUGGGCGUCCGGAGGACGUGA